UCCACCGUUUGUCCCUCCUGGUGUUCCGUAGUGGCGGUUCAUUGGCUGCGGGCGCCUCCAAAACAAACUCAGUUUCGACUUUUCGGUGAUUAAAAACUCUUUCUGGCUGUUACCAUGGAGGAGGUGACACGGCUGGUGUCGACCGGAGACUGCGUGAAGAUCUGGGAUGCGGUUUCCAUGGCGCCAGUGGAGCAGUUUAACCCACACAGCACAAGCCACCCUGUUGCUCAGGCCUGCUGGAGCUCCAACAACCAGUACCUGGUCAGCGCCAGCAGCAGUGGGGACAAGCUGGUCGUUUCCAGCCUCAAGUCGACUCCUGUGCCGGUGGUGGAGCUGGCCGACGGGAAAAAGCAGACCCGGGUGUGUCUCAGCUCCUUGUCUCAGUUUCUGGUCAGCGGAGGUCUCGAUCACUGCGUGCACAUCUGGGACCUGAAGACCAAGAGACUGCACCGCUCCCUCAAGGACCAUAAGGAGGAGGUGACUUGCGUGUCCUUUAAUGCCAACGACAGCUACGUCGCCUCCGGCUCCACCAGCGGCGACCUAGUCCUCCAUAGUCUGACCACCAACCUAUCCAGCAGGCCGUUCGGCCACGGCAGCAACCAGCCCAUCCACGACCUGAGGUUGUCCACGGUGAAGCGCUCCCUGCUGGGCAGCGUGUCUGACAGCGGAACGGUGGUGCUGUGGGACUCCAACACCCAGAAGGAGCUGCACGUGUUUGACGGCGCCCACAAGGCCCCAGGCUCCGGCCUGGCCUUCUCGCCCACCAGCGACCUGCUGGUCGUCAGCGUCGGCCUGGACAAGAAGAUCGUCUGCUACGACACCGCCAGCAAGAUCGUCCUGAGGUCCAUCCGCGUGGACAGUCCUCUGACAGCUGUGGACUUCACUCUGGACGGUACUGGGCUGGUGGUCGGGUCCACUCACGGGAAGAUCUACCAGUACGACCUGAGAAACUCCAGUUCCCCCACCAGGAUCACAGUGGCCCAUAAAACCUCAGUGACCUGCCUGCGCUUCCAGAGCAACGCCAGCAAACACAAGUCCAGUAAAAUUGGCUCCUCAAAAACUUCCAGCUCUAAGAGAUCCUCCACCAAGCUCCCCAGCAGCCAACCAGAUCCCACCGCCAGCACAGGCCCUGCCCCCAACAGACAGGUGACAAACACAGCAGGAGGCGCUGCUGUGGACGGGAUGUGUCGGGAAGCUGAAGGCCAGCAGGGGGCGGAGCAGUUCAGUAGCGUGGGACGAAACAGUCUGGACAUCUUCUCUCCCGCUCGCGAAGACCCGCUCACCCACGGGACCACCGCGAACACCCCAUUUGGACGAGGACAGGUUACCACUUCGGAGGUGAUGUCUAGAGAUGGGGAGGGUCAGCAGCUAACAGGCCGGGCCAGCCUGGACAUCUUCUCUCCAGUCAGAGAAGACUCUCACGCAGGUCCCAGCUCUCACAGGAAGACGCCACUGGGAACGCCGCUCGCAGCCUCGGCGGGGAGGUGCUACAGCCCGCUGUCAGUCUUCCAGACCCCUCCGGCUAUCAAAGAGGAGGAGCCAAACACUGCUGUAGCUGGAGAACUGUGUGAUGCCAGAAAGUCUGACAAAGUCAGCUGUUCCAGUCUGGAGACACAGAGUCAGUCCACGCCCCCUAUGUCACAGUCAGCCAAUCACAGUCAGCUGGCCCCGCCCUUCUUCACGCCAGAGCCCAGCCUCCGGAGAGCCAAUGGCAUUCAGGCUCACCUGAGCUACGACUCACCUGUCCACGGAGCUCCACCCACCACAUCUGCAGCAGCAGGUCCGGCUCUGUCGGCUGCCGUUUCCUCGUCUCUUUCUCAGAACAUCGCCGACGUGGUUGGACAGGCCGGAGCUGCUCCCCUCACCUCCCUGCAGAUCCACUUCAUCCAGAACAUGAUCCACGAAACUCUGGAGGAGUUCAGGAACGCCUGUCACAAAGACAUCAUCAACCUCCAGGUGGAGAUGAUCCGACAGUUUUACAUCCAGUUGACUGAGAUCCACAGUCUGAUAGAGAAAUACUCCGUCAACGAGUCUCUGGUGGAGGAGAUCGAGAGGCUGAGGGAGGAGAACCGCCGGCUCAGGGCCAACUACUGACCGUCUGGAGCCUCGUUCUGGCUGCCUCCUCCCAUCCUGACGUCAGAUGGUCCAACAUGAACGUGUGUGUGUGUGUGUGUGUGUGUGUGUGUGUGUGUGUGUGUGUG